AUGAGCCACAGGACCUCCUCCACCUUCAGAGCGGAGAGAAGCUUCCAUUCCUCCUCCUCCUCCUCCUCUUCUUCCUCUGCCUCUCGUGCACUCCCGGCCCAAGACCCACCCAUGGAGAAGGCCCUGAGCAUGUUUUCUGAAGAUUUUGGCAGCUUCAUGCGGCCCCAUUCGGAGCCUCUGACCUUCCCAGCCUUACCCACAGCCCAUUCCGGGGGGCCGGGCAACAUCAAGACCCUUGGAGACGCCUAUGAGUUUGCAGUAGACGUGAGUGACUUCUCACCUGAAGACAUCAUUGUCACCACCUCCAACAACCACAUCGAAGUGCGGGCUGAGAAGCUGGCAGCUGAUGGCACGGUCAUGAACACCUUCGCCCACAAGUGCCAGCUACCUGAGGAUGUGGACCCCACGUCGGUGACCUCGGCCCUCAGGGAGGACGGCAGACUCACGAUCCGCGCGCGGCGCCACCCGCACACAGAGCACGUCCAGCAGACCUUCCGGACGGAGAUAAAAAUCUGA